GGGAGGGGGCAGCCGCACAAUCAGCAGCCUCUCUCCAGGCUGGGCUGGGAGCGAUGGGACUGGGAGGGGAGCCUUCAGUGCUGCAGCUGCACGGCGGAGCGGCUCGUGUUGUGCCGGGCCAUGACGAGACGCUGCCGGUGACAGCGGUGUCGGAGUGAUAAUGAACGCCUUCAGUAAGUGCUGGGAUGGAUGAAGAAGGUUUGCCGUCCGCGCGCGGUGCAAUAAUAGUGUGCUGUUGUGUCUCCGGGCUCCGCGAUGGUGUCACCCCUGCGCGCUUUUCCCUUUGCUAUCCGGACAGCGGGGCACACUGGCGGAGAAGAGACACACCGGCGUCGGGAUUCACACAAUCACCAGUCUCCGAAUAGACGAGCGAGGGAGUAGAGAGAGGGCAUUGCUAUGGAGAAAGCGCGCAGAGUCAAGGAGGAAAUGCCGACAUCGAAGGAGGAAAAGCGCAAAGAGAAAAAGACGAAAUCUGGGAAGCUUUUCCGAAAGAAAUCGUUAAAGUCCGUGGGGAGUUUUAUGACCCGAAUCAUCAAAACUUUGGGCACUUUGACGCACUUUGGGGACGCUGACGCGCCGGACGCGGAGGACGACGACGGCGGGUUUCGGAACGGCGCGCCUUGCACGCUCAGCGCCGGCUCGGGAGUUGUCAAAAAGGACGUGCUACAUGUGACCUGGGAUCGCAUGGUGAAGACCAACUCGGGCCCGUCUUCUUCCCUGGGCAGAGAGAGGCUCCUUAACAAAUACUCGGAGAAAAUCCCCGGCGUCCUGGGGCUGAAGAACCACGGGAACACCUGUUUCAUGAACGCCGUGGUGCAGUGUUUGAGCAACACGGACCUGCUCGCGGAGUACCUGGGGCUGGAGCGAUACAAGCUGGACCUGGGUCACACCAGAAUCAACGGCGUGGUGAAGAGCGAGGAGAUGCGGCUCUCCAAGGGGGAAGUCACGGAGCAGUUGGCAUCACUUGUCCGGGCUCUGUGGACUCUGGAGUACACCCCACAGCUGUCCGUGGACUUCAAGACUACAGUGUCCAAGUAUGGCGCACAGUUUCGCGGUAAUUCCCAACAUGACGCCCUGGAGUUCCUCCUGUGGCUGCUGGACCGCGUGCACGAAGACGUCAAUCUGGCCCGCCACAAUAACAACAACAAGACCAACGCUCCCGGGAAGGGUCCCGGUGGAGCAGAGGAGCUGCUGUGUCCUGACCUGUCCCAGUCCCAGCAGCCCAGUGUCCAGCACAGCUUUGUCCAGGAACUUUUCCAGGCACAGUACAAAUCUUCCCUGACGUGUCCACACUGCAUGAAACAGAGCAACACCUUUGACCCCUUCCUGUGCAUCUCGCUCCCCAUUCCUCUUCGCCAGACCAGGUUGCUGUGUGUGAUUCUGGUGUUCAGCACCAAAGGACAGCGGUACCUGCGGGUCGGGCUGGCUGUGCCCCUGUUUGGCUCCGUGGCCGGUCUGAGAAGGAUGGUGGCUGACGAGGGGAAAAUUUCCCCAGACCAGGUGAUCCUGACGGAGGUUUACUCCACAGGGUUCCAGCGCUCCUUCUUUGAUCAGGAGGAUCUGACCAGCAUAGCUGAGAAUGACGUCAUCUACGCCUUCCAGGCUCCGCCCCUUUACAUCAGAGGAGGCUCAGCACGGAUAUCAGGGUACCAUCACAGCCUCCCAUCCUCUCCGUACUCCACCGGUCCCGAGGGUCAGAGGUUACCUUCGUCUGGGACCAUGUCGUCAGAGUUCCUCAACCAGGGCGUCCCUGCAAAGAUUCUGCUGUUGGUGUGCAACGCUGCAGGGACAGGCCAGCAGGCUGUGAGGUUUGGACCUCCGUUCUUAAUGAGGGAGGACCGGUCUAUUUCCUGGGACCAGCUGCAGCAGAGCAUCCUCAGCAAGCUGUACUACCUGAUGAUCAAUGGAGCCCAGGCACAGAAUACCAGAGUGCUGUUCAACAUCCGUGUGGUGGGAGGAUCCGCGUUCUACAGCUACCUGUCUCCUCAGGACGGGCGGCCACUCUACCACCCCGCCGUCGACAGAGCUCUGAAGCUCUGCUGCUCAGGAGGACCUCCGCAUGUGAAGCUCAUCAUCGAGUGGGAGCACCGAAUCAAAGACUGCCUGUUCGGUAACAUUCAGGAGGAGGUGGUGAAGGAUGCAGACAGCGUGAGGAAUCAGCAGCAGCAGCACGUCCAGCAGUGCAGCUGCACGCUGGACGAGUGCUUUCAGCUCUACACCAAAGAGGAACAGCUUGCCCCAGACGAUGCCUGGAAGUGCCCCUACUGUAAGCAGCUGCAGCAGGGCAUGGUGAAGAUGAGCCUGUGGACGCUGCCGGACAUCCUCAUCCUGCACCUGAAGCGCUUCAGGCAGGUGGGCGAGCGGAGGAACAAGCUCGCCACGUUGGUGCACUUCCCCCUGGCGGGCCUGGACAUGACGCCUCACAUGGUGAGCCGCAGCCACGGCUCCCAUCAGCCCACUCUGCAGCCUGGCUGGAAACAGCCACGGCGACCUGACCUGACUCCUCCCGACUUCCUGUACGAUCUGUAUGCUGUGUGCAACCACCACGGAGGAAUGCACGGCGGACAUUACACAGCCUUCUGCAGGAACUCGGUGGACGGCCAGUGGUACAGCUAUGAUGACAGCAGUGCUGAGCCGGUGCCAGAGGCGGAAGUGUGCACACGAGGAGCCUACAUCCUCUUCUAUCAGCGAAGAAACACCAUCCCCCUUUGGUCUGCCAGUUCCUCCGUCAACGGUUCCACCAGCUCAUCCACCUCGGAGCAUUGGCUGGUCCGGCUGGGGGCGGGCAGUAAGAGGGGCAGCGUGGUGUCAGGAGGAGCCGUCCCGGGACCUCCGGGGCCCCCACAGGCCCCAGAGUCUCCUGAGCUGCUAGUGUUUGGAGAUGAACCACCCAAAACAGCUGACACAAAUGGGUUUGAAGCCAAGCCGUUUGUCCGUGGGAGCCAGGGCCGGAGUUUAAGCUUGAGAUCACCAACUAAGCCCAAGGAGAGUCUGAGCAAAGUUCUGCCACUGCGCUGGUCUUUUGGCUCCAAGGACCGCAUUAGACACCCAGCCCAAACCCAGUCUGGAGAGCUGGUGGAAUACCUGGAGUCCGGGCGCCGUCCACGAUGUACCAAAGAGCCUAUUGUAACACUGGUGGCCACCCCGCCACAACUAAAUGCCCAGGGAAGAGCCUUCGAAGUGGGAAAGGACUGCAGCUCGCCCAGCGGUAGCAGUCUUAGUUACACAGACAGACCCAGCUCGGACUCUUGUUACUCCCCCAAAUUACCCGAGGGACAGAGCAGAGCGUGUGCGGAGAGCAACACGGGCCAGGGAGUUGGUAAUAGCAGCAAUUUGAAAGCCAGGGAGGAUGGUUCUCUGAGGCAACGGUCGUCCAAGAGAGCAAGGCAGGACCACGGCCGGACCCUGGACCUCCAGCUUCAUCUUCACAGAGGGGCCGUUCUAUUGGGUCAUAUCAGCCACAGUGCACCUCCAAGCCGAGAUUCCACACUGAGAAGGAACAAGGUCCAGACGGGAGCGACGGCCAGGGCGCAAAAAGACUUGUUACAGAUGUCCAAUGUUCAACCGGAGGACAGGAGGGGGCAGAGGGGUCAGGAGGGUCGCAGCCACGACAGCCUCUUGUCUUUUUUCAAACCUGGUUUCAUGAAGAAAGACAUUCCCGGGUCACCAAUCAAGGGGCAAGACCAGCGUAUGAACAGCCAGGGACAACUGGGAAAGCUGGCAAACAAUAACGUGUCCAAACUGUCCCUCUCCAAUGGAACGCUGACCACAGCGGCACCAGACGAGAGGAGGGCCGUUGCCAACGUCCUCCCGACCCGCGACGCCCAUAACAACCGCAAAGUGCCGCUCAUGAACGGAAAAGCCGGGAUUCACCACCCUGUAGACAUUAAGCGCGCUCACAGCUCCAGUAACAUCCAGACGAGGCUGGAUUUGACAUUUCGCAGGUGUGCGUCGCUGCAGAGGAACGGCGAAGUUAUGGCCCCCCCGGCCCAGCGCAUCCUGCUGUCAGACAAGCCCGGCUACGCCACUCUGCAGCGGACACGAUACAGCACCACCUCCCUGGUGCCUCUGUGACUGCGCAGAAUGACCCCUAGGACCUCUCUGCUGAGUCCUACGCUCGGCACCCAUAGGUGCUCCCAGCAGGAGGCAUCGCUGGAAACAACAGUUCAUCUUCUUCUCUCUCCCCCCCCCAUAGUACUUUUUCUAAGUUCUUACCUGUGUGUGUCUUAAAAACUACAUCUAUGCAGAGUUGAAUUUACUGAGGAGAAAUACUGCUGUAAUGGGAUUUUCUUUUUUCUUGUUUAAUUUUACAAAAGCAGUCUACUGUUAAUAAGUUUUUCUUUUGGAGUUUAUGAUGAAUGUUUUGACAAGCAGAGGGUGAUUUGGUGAUUUGCAUGUUUGUUUUUUAGCCCAUAACACUCAUCAUCUGUCACAUGGUCACGUCACACGUAAAACUGUUAAAACUGCAAACACAACCAACACAUGCACUGUAUAUUGGCUGCUUUAAGAAAAAGCAUCAUUUGCUUUGCCAUAUACUAUUAUAAUUUUCAUGUUAAAUUACUGAUGCACUUUCUGUCUUUAUUUUUAUUUUUGAAAUCUAUAAUUUGGUACAUAACCAGAGCUAAGUGACAUUGCUAAUGAAGGAACAAUUACACUGCACCUAGUAUAUAUCCACGACGUUCCACUUAUGGGAUUGCUCUGUUGCCGCCGGAAAUUCUGCCGGAUGUCCGUCCCCCUCCACUUCCUUUGUGUUGGCGCUCUAACCUUCGGGGGAUUUCCUAGGACUAUGAUUACCUGUCCUCAGAU